AUGUCCACUUUUCUGUCCUCUCUCCUCCUCCUCUUCGUUAUUUCUCCAUCCGUGUGGAGUUAUGAGGCUCCAGAGGAUAAAGAAGACGUGUUUGCUCGGAAAGCCUGUCCUGCCUUCCUCACCUUCACCAACGCUGCAUAUUUGUGUGGAGCCACAGUGGAGCUGCCCUGCCUCUGCAAACCCCAGCAGGUCCAGUCGGUCGUGUGGUUCUUCAGGAAACACUCGGGCAGUCCAGAGGAAACCAAAGGUCUGACCGAUCACCAUGGUAACCAGCUGUUGGACAGCAGUCAGGUUCCUCACCAUGGCGACCUACGGAGCCGAUUCUCCAUCCGCCUGUUCAGCCUGCUCAUCUUCAGGGCGGGGCCUGAUGACGCUGGCCUCUACAUCUGCGGCUCCGCCCACAGGGACUUCUUCUAUGGUUACGACCUGGAUAUCCAGGAGGUUCACGUGAUCAGCUUCACCUCGAGGUGAACGGCAAGAAGUAAACAGAGGACGCUCAGACGCUUGUCCUCGCCUCAGCCUCUGUUCCAGACCUUCACCCGUUUCAGGUCCUGGUCUGAGUGCGACCGAUGUGGACUCCUAGGUGAACAGGUCCGAGCCGGACUCUGCUACGUCCACUCCCAGUACCUGCACGUGCGCUACAGACGCACCAAUCAGACGGUGGUGUCCUGUGGCUCAGGGGCGGUGCCUAGAGCUUUUGGCCCCCUGAAGAAGAAGGGCGGAGCCAAACUGGAGGUCAGAGGAUGUGAAGUGACCUGUCCGGCACAAGCUCCGCCUCCUUCCAGACUGGUCGCUUUGAUGGCUCUUCUAGGAUACAGUUCUGCCUCCUCUCCACUGGAGGUCCCCGUCUUGUACCUGAACCACCCUGCAGACCAGAUCCUGACCCUGGGCUGCCCCGGAGCCCGGUCCAACAUGGUCGUGGCCUGGGACCGGGGAUCGGAGCCCCUCUACAGAUCUGAACACAAGACGGGUUCCAGGAUAUGGAUCGAUACCGGACACCAUCUGGUGUUUAAACCAGCACGGACUCAGGACUCAGGUACAUAUUUCUGCUGGCUUCAGGGUCGCAGAUCGGCUCAGGUCCGUCUGCUGGUCUACGUUCAUCUGGGACGUGGACAGUCGAUAUUGUCACAUCCGGAUUUCGUCCCAACUCUCACCACUCUUCUCAAAUCCUACGCCGCCAUGACAGCUGUGUUCUGUCUGCUGCUGUUUGGAAGAGCCAUGGUCCGACACCGCAGAGACCCCCCAGACUCACACCAGGACUAA